UCAAUGUUCAGUAAAUACUCCCAAGGUCUCUCAAUGGCAGCUGGUAAUCAACUAUAAAAGUCAGAUCUCCUUUAGUGGAAGUCACUUUGUUGCAGGAGUCCCAACUUUGGUAUUAUUGUCUGGGAGCUUAAAUUACUUGUCAACCUCUAAAGUGAAAAGUAACCUUGAAGUAGAUGGAAAGAUUGGUGAUUUUUACAAAGCUAGCUUGAUUUCAUGUAGUGUCCAAUUAUAUGAUUACAUAGCUGGACCUUGCAAAAAGAAUUGUGUGCAUUUUAUCAUUCCAAGGCAUCACGAGAAUACAGGAGGCUACCUACAGUGGAAACUGAUUAUUCAAUUACCACCCAUUGCUAAUCCAAACAGAAAAAAGUGACAACAAAAGUGGCUUAUUUCAUGGAGGAAAUGAUAUUUUACGACCCUACACUGCAUCAUAACUUUUGCAAGACAUGACUCAGGUACAUAUUUUAUUGAAUCCACUCUACUUCUGACAUCAGAAGCAACUAAAAUUCCUUGUUUUACGCUCCAAAUAACUGACGUAUGAGGGUAUUAAAUCGGUCUACAACUGAUGGAAACAUUUAAGACAAGAAUGCAACAUUUUACUUAUUUCUUUUGAAAAUAUUUUCCACAGUGUAACAUUGGAAAAAAAGCCAUAUAUUCCAAAAUAGUUGCAGACAUUGCCUGAAGGAGGAUUUAAUCUUUGGCACUGAAAUUCAGAGAGCUAUAAAAGGGAUUAAUUCUGCUUGUUUAAUUGAACUAUUGCCGUUAGAUAUCCGGUGUUGGAUGCAGUAAACUGAAAUACUAAGGCUGGAAUACAAAACAGGGAAGGCUAGUAAAUUAAAGACAAUCUUCACUGAUCAGAGGACCCCAUGGAAGAUCAUGAAAUCAAUAUAUUCCAUACUUUAUCUCUUGCCCAUCAACAGAGUGCAUUGUAAUUCCUUCUAAAAGAACUAAGCAAAAAUUUGAUCAACUUUACUGUAAGGAAUUGAGGAUGAUGAAUUCUUCCAAAAUGCCAAAUUCCACUUCCCAAGAAGUUGAAAUGACAUCUAUAGGGCAAAUUGUAGAACCUCAAGCAUCAGGCGAGGCAUCCGAGUUGCUUUUGUUGGAAUUGCUGUUUCAAGUGUAUCUUCCACCUGUUCUGAUCAUCCUUGGAACUAUGGGUAACUGUCUAACUAUUAUUGUACUAAGGAGGAAAAACUUCUGCCAGUGUUCCAUCAGUUUUUACAUUACGGCUUAUGCUUGCUGCUCACUGCUGAUGCUCUACCUCUUCCUUGGAACGGAGUGGUUCUCUAAAAUCCUCCACCAAAAGUCCUUGGAUGAAAAAGCAGACUGGCUUUGUCGUGUGUGGCAGUUCAUCAGCAGAGUAAUUUCUUACUCUGGGAUUUGGUUUGUGGUGGCUAUGAUGAUUGACCGCUUCAUAGUCAUAUGGCACCCUAAACAGUUCUCUUCUCUGUGCACCAUCUUUAUGGCCAAGUUUGUGGCGAUCAUCAUCUUUGUUGGAUUAGUGGUCAUCAGCAUUCAUGCUAUGUGGACUUUUGAAUUGAUGAACAACUCCGGCUGUUACCCCUACCACAGAGAAAAUGAUAUUCAUUCCCUCAUCUGGCCUUGGGUUGCAGCAAGCUUUUAUUCCUAUAUUCCACUGGCCUUGAUCUUCACCUUCAAUGUGUUGAUUUUUACUGGAAUUUGUUUAAAGAGGCCUUUCAAAUCCCAUCAGACACAAGAACAUCAUUCACUGCUCUUCACAUACACAACGCUUGGUACUUCGAUGGUGUAUUUCCUUCUUGUGAUGCCCGCAACCAUCAUCAAUGUUGUAGACAUGACAUAUCCCCCCUCAUGGCUACAUGACAAAGAACUUAUGAUACAACUUGCGAAGGCACGCUUCACCGCUCAUUACAUGGCUUGGCUCAACACAACCAUAAUCUUUUUCAUGUGUUUCUUUUUUUCACGGACCUUUCGUGCAGAAGUAUGGGAUCUGCUUUCUUCUGUGUGUUGCAGACAUCGUCGGAGAAUCUAUGAACUUCAGUCUGGGUCCCAAAGUACCCAUCUUGAAACAGACUCUUGUAAUGAAACAACACCUCUAUGAGGGGCCCAGUUUGUGAGUAAACUUUAAUGAAUACUGUAGAUUCCUGACCUUACAGAAGUACUCACUCACAGAUAUCAAAUUACGAGAACAUGCAUUCAGGAGUGGACAGUUGAUCAAGAGUUUUCAGAUAAGCAAUAUAAAAAUGAAAGGCAAGUGGUGCUUCUGGUUCUAAUUUACAGGACAUAUUAGGAAUCUACAGUACUGUUCAAUAGCAGUCUUUUGACAAUGACAGAAAUAAAGUCAUAUUGAUUAAUAAGUAGCUUCAACAAAAGGCCCAUAGGCCUUUAACUGUCACCUGAGUAUAAGUUAAAAGCAUCAUUAGCCCUAAGGACUCAGAAAAUUAUAAUAAUUUUCCUGUUCUGCAAAUCCAAGACAAUUUCUAAUAGUCAGCAACAGUAUAAACCAAGAUGUGUUCUUAAAACACAAAUGCCCCUGAAAGUACCCAUACUUAUGAAAGACUUAAUAUAAUAAAUGUUAUAAUGACAUCAGUCCGGUAGAGUCAGAACCCUGGGGUUGUGAAAGUAACAAUUUUGGUACAUCCCUGUCUCCUUUUCCUAAAUAUGUAUUUAGUUUUCACACAGUGUUUGCAAAAUUAAAAGUCUUUCAAAUGAUAAAAACAAAAAUCAUAGUGAUAAUUUUGGCCCCCGCCAUGGAACCAAACCCUCUACCCCUGAAAUCAUAAAAUUUACAAUUUGGGUUGAGGGCUACCUGCUCCUUCUAAAUAUCUAUUUAGUUUCCAUUUAGUAUCAAUAUCAUAAAAGAACACAUUAUAUAAACAUUAACACAAUAUGCCGAGUUUGGCUCUGCCCUAGAGUCAGUACCUCUACCCCGGGGAUCAUGAAAUUUAUUAUUUUGGUAGAGGCCUUCCUGUUCUGCAAGACUAUACAUUUAGUUUUUCUUAACAUGUGGUUGUAGAGGAGAUUUCUGAAAAUUGGUCGAUAUGUGCCCUACCACUAAUGCAGAUGGGCUGAAAUCUGUAUUUUAUGUCCCCCUUGUCCCAAAGAUGCUUGCCAACUUUGAAAAUAAUUGGAAGGGUAGUUCAAGAAGUUUAAAAUGUUAAAUUGUUAACGCUUAACAGUUGACCUACGACUCACAACGACAAACCAAUAGCAAUAGGUCAUAAUCUGAGUGAAUCAGCUGACCUAAAAAUGGCAUAAUUCAGCCCUGAAUUUUUCCAAAACUUGCAAUCAUUGUUUACAGGUAUCAUCAGUAUAGUUCAAGGUUUCUUGUCGUCUACCCUCUCAUUAUGACAUCAUACUCAAAAAUUGGCUUUGUUAUAUAACACCAUUACCCUGCAUCAUCAUUCCCUAAUUGUUGAAUUAUGUGAAAUAUGCCAAAUUAUGCUUUAGGACUUUUGCUAAAUUUUUCAUGUGAACCCUAUCUCUGAUAAUAUUUUUCUAAUAUCAACUAAAAAAGCAUGUUAAUAGCUAUUUUAAAAUCUUUUUGGAUCCUGGGCAUGUUUUGAGCAAUGUUGAUUCAGAUGUCUUUUAUCCCAUAGACUAACUCAAUGGAUAAAAAAAUAUUUGGAAUAUAUGGGUAGAUGGAGGCCUUGUCUGUACAAUUUCACAAAAAAAUUAACACUAACUGGCAUUUCAUUAAACUGCAAAUUAACAGGGCCGAAUUUUAUGCCAUUCUUGAACCUAUACUUUGUUGAAUUUAUGUGAAUGUAUGAAGUUUUAUAUUGUACAUUUGUUCAAGAACUAAAUGAUCAUGAUUCCAUUGAGAUGUUAGAUGAAACCUAAAUCAUCAAUGAAUAAAUGAUAUUUUGAAUUGA